CGCCGAGAUAGUCACAAAUAAUUUAAAACAUAAAUAUUUUUACAAAAUGAUUAAGUUCUUGCGUGAAUUACCUAAAGUUGAGCUGCAUGCGCACUUGAAUGGCAGCCUAUGCAUCGACAGCAUAAGGGAACUGGCGGAGAAUGUCUAUGGAAAGCAGGCGGAGGAGUUUACAGCGAUGUGUGAACGCUUUAUAACAUUUGAGAAGGGCGCCAAACUGAAUGAAUGUUUUGAAAAGUUUGGAUUUGUCCACGAACUGACAUCGACACGCAAAGGACUCCAGUAUGCCACCGAAUUGGCCGUACGCGAUUUUGCCAAGGAUAAUGUCAUGUAUCUGGAACUGCGAACUACACCAAAGUCAAACGCCAAUAUGUCUCGACGGGAUUAUCUGGAAACAGUUGUGGAGUCUAUAAAAAAUGCUUGUAACCAGUAUGCGAUAACAGUAAAACUAUUGCCCUCCAUAAAUCGCAGUGAGCCGGUGGAAGUUGCUGAAGAAACUGUCGCAUUGUCGCUAGAGUUGUGCCAAAAUGAUCCCGAUAUUGUUGUUGGCAUCGAUUUUAGUGGCAAUCCAAGUCAAGGCAAGUUUUCCGAUUUCAUGCCUGCACUGGAAUUGGCACGAAAACAUGGCCUAAAACUUGCCGUGCAUUGUGCGGAAAUUGAUAAUCCAACAGAAAUUCGAGAGAUGCUUAAAUUUGGAAUGUCACGCUGUGGUCAUGGCACAUUCCUCAGUAGCUCCGGCUUUGCCCAUAUGAAGGAUCACAAUAUACCCAUUGAAUGUUGCCUCACGAGCAACGUAAAAUCUGGCACUGUGUCCACUGUUAGUGCCCAUCACCUAAAGGAGCUUAUGGAGGCUGAUGUUCCCAAAGUUCUUUGUACCGAUGAUUGUGGCGUUUUCGAUACAACAUUAUCCGACGAAUUUAUAUUGGCAAAUGAAACUUUUGGGCUGACCAAGAGUCAAUGCAUUGGUCUGACCAUGGAGGCGAUUCAGCAUUCAUUUGCCACACCACAAGAGAAGCUAAAGAUGAAAAUGCAGCUUUAUUCAUACACCCGACGUCAUGAGAAUUAAAUUAAUUUUAACUAAUUUUACCAGCUCUCAGCAUUUAAUUUGUUAUAAAUUAAUUUAUAAAUAAAGUAGCCAAAACUUCCAAUUUAAAUAGAAUAAAUUAGCGGGCAUCAUUCUCUCUUGAUAUUUAACUGCUUGUUUAACAGCUGAAGAGCAAAGCUAUUUCUCUUUGAAUGUUGUUUCUCCAACAUGUUAACUUAAUGCCUGUUAAAUUAACAGUUUGUUAUUUUUUUAAUAUAUAUAUU